AGGCAUCUGCUUAUCUCUAUCUUUAAGGAGGGGAGUAUCUACGGGUCUGGUUUUCAAUAUUCUGGAAUAUUUUUCUUUUGUUUUAUUCAGUAUUUUGCCAAUCAUAAUCACAAUGAUUUGCACCAAAAUGAGGGACACAUCGAGCAUCUGAUUAUCAUUGUCCACAAGAUAAUAGAGAGUAGCAACGUCAUCCAGCCGAAGGCUUUAGCUGUGAAAUCUGAACGAACUUUAAAUUUCGGAUGAGACGACACUCAAAUGCAUCCAGGGACCAGUAGUAUUUUUAUCCGUCAUGUGUAAAGAUUACUUUGAUUUGAUGUAUUAGAGAAAUUAAAUUUUCCAUUAACACUAGGUUGAUGUCUAAUUAGAAGUUGCAAUUUGCCACCUAUCAAACGGGUGAUAAAAGGGGGCCGACGAGGAUAGUUCCGGGGAGACGGGGGCAAGGACUAGAUGCGGUGGGAAUGAAGAAGGAUGAUGUCUUGGCGGCGGAAAGCUUUCGACCGACCUUUGGGACUUUUUUAUGCUUACGACGUCUGUCCAUAUUUUCUGUUGCUAUCUAUCUAUCUAUCUAUCUACGUAUACAGAUUUGUUCGUUCUGUUAGAUGCGCGGGGGGGGGGCACGCCCCCCUCUCAUUUUGCCCGCGUCUCGUCUAUGUAUAUGUUUGUAUGUAUAUAGCUUAAAGAUGUUUUCAUUUCAGGCACAGUGAGAGGUACUAAAAUUACAUAUUUGGUCAUGCAUUGGAAUCUAUGCCAUUGGUGACACAAAAUUUGAUGCAUGGGCAAAGAUUUAAUUUCUAAGCACUCGAUUCUCUUCUACUAGAGGAUCCUUUCUGUCACAGUUGUAUUUGUCGGUGCAAAUAUCUCCUCUACGAACUUCAAUCAGGAGAGGAGGGCUAUAUGUAUAUGUAUAUGUAUAUAUUACACCUCUCUGUCUCUGCAAUUUCUCCUUUAUUUCCUGCUCUCUGAUUUUCUCCCCCCACCCAACCAACAAAACAUAUUCAAGCACUACUAGCAGAUCCCGUUCCACUCCCACUCCCACUCCCACUCCCAUCCAUGAGACUGAAUGCUUCUCGGAGUAGAAUCGGUCGUCUAUUUGUCUCCAGAUUUCUCUUCCUCUGCACUUUCAUCACCAUUCUAGGUCUUCUACUUCUCAAUCUCAGGCUCAGCUCUAUUGAUGCACCCACCGGAUUUUCUAUUCCAGACAAUAACCGCCCCGAACCGGUGGGUACCGUGGUGGAAGUCAAUGGAACCCCCUCGUGUGCCACGGUCGAGGAAAUGGGAGAGCGCGCUGUUUCCGAGGAAGCAACUAGGAAGGAGAGCCUCAGAGUUCGAAGAAUCAUCCGUCAGCAUUUCCAAUUCCACGGGGCUCCUAGAGUUAGAGGCCUGCCACCUGAGCAGUUCUGCAGACAAGGUUUUGUAUUGGGGAAAGCAUCAGAAGCAGGUUUUGGAAAUGAAAUGUACAAGAUACUAACUGCUGCUGGAUUGAGUAUCAUGUUGAACCGGUCACUUGUCAUUGGGCAAACCAGGGGGAAAUUUCCAUUUGAGGGUUACCUUUCUUAUACGAACUUUUCUUUUACUUUGAGAGAAGUGAAGCAUCUGUGGAGAUUGAAUGACUGUAUGAAGAAGUAUGGGAGGCGUCUGAUUGUGAGGGUUGAUAAUUUUGAGAAUCCCAAGGAAACUAAUGUUCUGUGCAGUAACUGGAGAAAGUGGAAACAACCAAUUAUAUGGUUUGAAGGUACAACAGAUGCUGUAGCUGCUCAGUUUUUCUUGAAGAAUAUACACCCUCAAAUGAGGAAGGCGAGCUCUGCUUUAUUUGGGGAUACUGAACUUAUUCAUUCAAGACCUAAUAUAUUUGGAGAGCUGAUGAGAUUUAUCAUUUCUCCUUCAAAAGAUGUCAAAGAAGCUGUUGAUUGGGUGCUUAAUAGAGGUCCUGAUCCUCAUCUUGCUCUGCAUAUGCGCAUGCUAACAAACAGGUCUCCACAAGCAGUAAUGGCUUCCUUGCAUUGCAUUAGAAAGGCCCUACUCAGAAAUUGCAAGCAGGUGUCAAGACCGCGUGUGGUUUUGGUAUCUGAUACACCAUCUGUUAUUGAUGAUAUUACUCCAAGGCUGCUGGAAUUUGCAGAGGUUCUUCACUUUGACUACAAAUUGUUCAAGGGAAAUGUUUCUGCUCGAGAAACAGCUAGAAUGCAGCAGUUAAGUUUCCGAGCAAAGGAUUGGGGACCAGCGCCUAGGUGGGUUGCUUUUGUAGAUUUCUUUCUUGCCUCACGUGCUAAACAUGCUGUUGUUUCGGGGGCCCAUAGACGUGUUGGGACAACCUACGCACAGCUUAUUGCAGCUCUGGCAGCUGCUCAUCGACUUGAUGAAGAGAAUGCUACAAAUUUCUCUUUCUUCAGCAGUUUCCAAAGUAAAUUGUUGUCACACGGCUUGCAAAGACAAAUCGGAUGGGGGCAUGCAUGGAACAGAUUUGCAGGUCCGCUGAGUUGCCAUAAUCAACAUACUCAAUGUGCACCCACACCCGUUCUGCCCCCCGGCUGGUGGGACGGGAUUCUUCAGUCGCCACUUCCACGAGACGUACACAGAUUGCAAGCCUACGGCGUUAAACUCACGAGUUCUGGUACAGUUGACGACAACCAUCUCCGGUCUUUCUGUAGGUCAAGAAAAGAUACCGUGAAAACCAUGCCCGUCACUCGCAAAUGCAGUGGGUUGACUUGUGCUUAAUUUUUCAAUCAAAUUCUUUAGCAACAACUUCAUUACAAAUAUAACGGUGCCCCAAUUUUGCUGGCA